AUGAAAUUCUCUCCUAGAGCUAUAAAACUAAUGACUCUAUUAGAAAGUAGAGUUACCAACUUUUACAUGAAUUUUCAAGUGGAUGAGAUCUGUCGAGUGGUCUCCAUUGGAGAUGGGAUUGCACAUGUUUAUGGAUUGAAUGAGAUUCAAGCUGGGGAAAUGGUUGACUUUGCCAGUUGUGUGAAAGGAAUAGCCUUUAAUCUGGAGAAUGGCAAUAUAGGGAUUGUUCUCUUUUGUAGUGAUACUGCCAUUAAAGAAAUAGAUCUUGUCAAGGUCACUGGAUCUAUUGUGGAUGUUCUUGUGGGAAAGGCUAUGCUAGGGCAUGUGGUCGCCGCCUUGGGAGUACCUAUUGAUUGAAGAGGACCUCUAUGCGAUCACAAGCUAAGACAUAUCGAAGUAAAAGCCCCUAGGAUUAUUGAACAUAAAUCUGUGCACGAGCCUAUGCAAACAGGGUUAAAAGCAGUAGAUAGCUUGGUUCCUAUAGGCCAUGGUCAACGAGAACUUAUAAUCGAGGACCGACAAACUGGAAUAGUUAUUGCUAUUGAUACCAUAUUAAAUGAAAAGCAAAUGAACUCAAGGGCCACCUUUGCGAGUGAAACAUUGUAUUGUGUCUAUGUAGUGAUUGGAUAGAAAUGCUCAACUGUGGCACAAUUAGUUCAAAUACUUUCAGAAGUGAAUGCUUUGGAAUAUUCCAUUCUUGUAGCUGCCACUGCUUUGAGUCUCUCUCCUUUGCAAUUUCUGGCCCCAAUGGGGGAAUAUUUAUGCAAUAAUGGAAUGCAUACAUUAAUAAUCUAUCAUGAUUAUAGUAAAUAGGUGGUGGCAUAUCGACAAAUGUCAUUAUUGUUACUUCGACCACCAGACAGUGAGCCUUUCCCAAGGGAUGUUUACUAUUUACAUUCCCAUCUCUUAGGAAAAGCCUCUAAACAAUUAGACCAGACAGGUGCAGGUAGCUUGAUCGUCUUACUAGUCAUUGAAAUAAAAGCUAGAGACAUAUCAGCCUAUAUUCCCACCAAUCUGAUCUCUUUUAACUUGAGCAAAGGUGGCCACUUCGCUAUAUUGUGCCAAUUCCAGUUUUGA